GUCGACCGUAUGCUCGACCGAUGCGACGAAACAGCAAGAUAUACGAGCCGGUCCGUCCUCUGCCGGCUACGCAGCUUCGGCCAAGACGGUUAUAAGAAGCCGUUCGCUUUCGUAUCCCGUUGCACGGUGAAGGCGUACCGGCGUCUCUGGAAGCGUUGUAUAGCAUUCGUGUUCCGGAGCCACCGGCUUGCGGCAGCGCCGCGGCCAGACUACACGGGCGUCACGGACGUGCCGCUACGGGGCGAGGUGCUCCGUCGGGCGGGAGACCUCUGGGAGCAUAGGCUUUGGGACCUUGUCGACGCGUCGUCUGGCCGAUGGUCCAGCAGCACCAUGCAGCACUGUACCAACCAAGACCUUCCUGCUGGCGAUGGUAACGACAACAGCGGAGACGACUCGGGCCUCGAAGACAACUCAGACCUCGAAGACAACUCGGACCUCGAAGACAACUCGGAGUUCGAAGACAACUCGGAGUUCGAAGACAACUCGGAGUUCGAAGACAACUCGGACCGCACACACGGCUGGGACCUGGAAGAUGACUCUGACCUGAAGGACAGCGCAUAUAGGAGCGGCUCUGAUGACGAAUGCGACAACGCGCCUGCUAGCGACGAGCCGCUGGGGGGUAGACGGCCGGGCGGCAGGGACUUGUCGGUGGAGACCGCGCUCGAGGAGGUGGGAUCCAAAAAGGGUGCCUCUUAG